AUGAUUGAUUGGAAUUGGCUUUGGGUUAUUGGACAACUUGGAGUAUCAUAUGGAUUUUAUCGAUGGUGGAAAUCCAACGAUACUUUCUUGGCAGUUCUUGAGGUAGCACCUGAUAUUGAUAUAGAUGAAUUAAAAAAAUUUUCAUCUUUAACAACUACUAUUGAUUAUGCAACAGUAUAUGGUCUUGUACAAACAAAUGAUUCAAAGCCCAAUUCAGUAAUAAAAUCUCAAUUUGUACCAGAUUGUACUGGUGUUAUACAUCGAUUAACAGUACGUAUAAGAAGACUUGAAAGACUUCGUAGUAUUUGGGCUGAAACAAAACAUUUAAUUAGUGAUUUAACUCGUCAUGUAUCAUUUCGACUUGUUUCACCAAAAGGAAAUUUUAUUCGUAUUGAUAAACCAUUAGAAUUUAAUUCAAUUGAAGAUCAAUUAGAAGUAAUUCAUGUUAAAUUUGAUCCUAAUAUACCAUCAUUUGUACAAAAAUUUAUUGGUACAGUUAUUGGAGAUAUCUCAACAGGUAUUGAAACAAAAGAAGAAAUGUUAUUACUUGAUGUACCAUUAACUGGUCUUGGUCGUCUUGAAAAACGUUCUGGUAUAUGGUAUCUUAUUCCGCAUGAACAAUGGGGUGGAAUGUUAACACGAUUAUCUCGUCAUGAAAUAUUAUCUGAUUAUCGAAAACAUUCAAAUGUUGCUCGUCUUUUUAGUAUUGUUUUUGGUAUUACUGCUGGUUGUACAGCUAUUUAUAUAAUCUAUCAGUAUUAUUCAAAACGACGACGACCACGACAACAAUUAAAUCAAUUACAAAUUAUUACACCAAUAAUUCAUGAAAAUUUAGAAGAUAAUCAAAAUAAUCGUCUUCUAUGUGUUAUUUGUUUAGAAAAUGAAAUUAUUUAUAAUCUUCAACCAUGUUCACAUUUAGGCUUAUGUCUUACAUGUGCACAACAAUUACAAUUAAGAGAUUUCGAACAACAACUAUGUCCUAUUUGUCGAACACCUAUUCAACAAUAUCAACGUAUAUUUUUACCUUAG